AUGUUCUUUGGAGGUUUCCCAUUUGACGGAAUGCCAGGAGGCGGUAUGCCUCAUAGCAGAUCGAAAGAGCCUGUAGACACCGAGAAACUGUAUAAACUACUCGAUUUAUCGAAGGACUGCUCCGACAGCGAAAUCAAAAAGGCAUACAGAAAACUCGCCAUCAAACAUCAUCCAGAUAAAGGUGGAGAUCCCGAAAAAUUCAAAGAAAUCUCCAAAGCAUAUGAGAUAUUGUCUGACCCAGACAAGCGCAGAAUAUACGACGAACACGGCGAAGAAGGACUUGACGGAAGCUACACUGCAACAGACGCUUCUGACAUAUUUGACUUAUUUUUUGGCGGAUCUCGUAAACCGAAGGGUAAAAAACGCGGUGAAGAUAUUGUAUCUCACCUCAAAGUAUCAUUAGAACAGAUAUAUAACGGUACGAUGAGAAAAUUGGCGAUAAAUAAGGACAUCAUUUGCAAUGGCUGUGACGGACAUGGAGGACCGAAGGACUCGUUUGUAACAUGUACCUCCUGUAACGGACAAGGAAUUAGGGUCCAGAUUCGUCAAAUGGGUUCGAUGAUUCAUCAGACUCAGACGACAUGUUCGAGCUGUAACGGACAGGGGAAAUCACUACCAGAGUCUAAGCGGUGCAAAAAUUGCAACGGUAAAGGAGUGAAGCAGACGAAGAAAAUACUAGAGGUUUUCGUAGAAAAGGGUGUCCCAGACCAACACAAAAUCACAUUUCACGGCGAGGCUGACGAAAGACCCAAUGAAAUCCCAGGCUCAGUCAUCUUCAUCAUUAACCAAAACCCACACGACACAUUCAAAAGGAACGGAAACGACCUGUUCAUGACCAAAUCCAUUCCACUGUAUCAAGCUUUGACGGGAUGCACCUUCUAUCUCACACAUCUGGAUGAUCGUAUUCUCAAAAUCAACGUAAUUCCACAGCUACAUUACACAACGCCUGCUGGCGAGGUUGUGAAGCCAGGAUCAUGUAAAGUAAUAACUGGGGAGGGCAUGCCGAUAUAUAAGAGUGCGUAUGGGAAGGGGAACCUCUACGUUACAUUCGACGUGAUAUUCCCAGUUGGGAGAACUUUCAGCCCCAGUGAGAAGGAAAUGCUUCUAGAGCUGUUCCCCUUUACUCCAGAGACGCCAGCAAAGCCUGACACGCAAGUCGACGAGUACACCGCACAGCACUUUGACCUCGACGACUACAAGUCCUCCGAUAACUCGAGAGAAUAUGAAGAGGAAGAGGGCGGCCAUGGCGAUAGGGUUCAGUGCAGACAGCAAUAA